AUGCCCAUCGAAGAGCCAAGUCUUUCCCAAGACUCGACGCAAACAGUCGACGACUCUCAGCCUGACUGUCAGCCUGAUGCAGACGUGUGGGGGUCUCUGAUACCCUUUAAUCCCCACAAUCCACACUUGUUCCGCAUAGACCUUCGUAAGGGGAAGACAACGUACGUCAUAGGCAGAGGUGGACAUACCGUGCCCGACGAGGCGGUGGACUUUCAGUUAUCUGGAGCGAAGUUCAUCAGUCGCAAGCAUUGCUCACUCGAGUGGGAUGGUGAUCACAGCGCAACCUCCGCUGUGAUCGUCUCUGACCUACACUCACACGGUGGUCUCUGGCUGAAUGGGGUCAAGAUCGGAGGAGGUGAAAGUCGACUGCUGCACAACUUCAACAUCGUCUCCUUCAGCAAGUACAGAGACACCUACCCUGCAGACCGACCUGAUCGUGAUGAUCGAUUUCUCUUCAGGCUCUGGGCAGCGGGUUCAGAGCGCUCUGUCAGCCACGAGCUCGUCGGCAAAUAUUACGACGUACACCGCGAAAUCGGAGAGGGUGCAAACGCAAGAGUAUUCCUCGCACUCCACGUGCGCGACAAGGAGUGGGCAGCGAUCAAGGUCAUUCCCGGAGACAGACUUUACCCCGGAAUCCUGCGUCCCGGAGACGACAGGGAACGCUUUCAGUCAUACCUUCGGACGGAAAUUGCGCUUCUAGAGAGGUUGAAGCACAAGAACGUCCUUGAGAUCAAAGACACGUUCUUCGACGAACGGAGCGGGAAGCUUCGGAUGGUCAUGGAAUACGUGCCUGGGGGGGACUUGUUUUCCUACAUUACCAGACGUCGGUCCGGCUUGACCGAGCGCGAAGCGCAAUAUUUCACUUACCAGAUUUGCGAAGCUUUGGCUUACGUUCACCGCGAAGGAGUGACGCACCGAGACCUAAAGCCGGAGAACGUGCUGCUCACGAAUGACAGGCCUCCGAUUGCGAAGCUUGCCGACUUCGGAUUGGCCAAGUUGGUCGACUCGAGGACAUCGCUCAGAACUCAAUGCGGCACGAAGAUGUACUCGGCACCCGAAGUGACUGCCGAAGCUCGCAGUAGGAAGAGCUACAGCCAAAUCGUAGAUAGCUGGAGUCUAGGCGUCACGGUCGGAGUAAUGCUAUUCUCGCGCUCGAUCUUCCGCCAGGAUGAAGACGAUGACAAUAAACAUCAUGAGAUCGAGUGGGAGCUCCUUGACGAGUUCCACUGCAGCCUUGAGUGCCGUGAUUUCCUCCAGAGCCUGCUGGAGCACGACCCUUCCGCGCGCAUGAAGAUCUCUGAGGCGCUGGUGCACCCCUGGCUCGCCGCCGAAGCAGAAAAGUCCCGUUCUACC